AUGGGAGAGGAAAACCAAACCUUUGUGGCUGAGUUUAUUUUCCCUGGCCUUUCCCAGGACUUGCAGACCCAGAUCCUGCUAUUUAUUCCUUUUCUCAUCAUUUAUCUUUUGACUGUGCUUGGAAACCUGCUCAUCAUCAUUCUCAUCUCCAUGGAUUCUCGACUUCACACUCCCAUGUACUUUUUUCCUAGAAACCUCUCUUUCGCAGAUCUCUGCUUCUCUACUAGCAUUGUCCCUCAAGUGUUGGUCCACUUCCUUGUAAAGAAAACUAUUUCUUUUUUUGGGUGUAUGACACAGACAAUUGUCUUCCUUCUGGUUGGGUGUACAGAGUGUGCACUGCUGGCAGUGAUGUCCUAUGACCGGUAUGUGGCUGUCUGCAAGCCCCUGCACUACUCCACCAUCAUGACCCAAAAGGUGUGUCUCCAGUUGGCCAUAGGCUCCUGGGCCAAUGGCGCACUAGUGUCUCUGGUGGAUACCACCUUUACUUUUCAACUACCCUAUCAAGGACAGAACAUUAUUAAUCACCACUUUUGUGAACCUCCUGCCCUACUGAAGCUGGCUUCAGCAGACAACACUUACAGCACAGAAAUGGCCAUCUUUGCAAUGGGUGUGGUCAUCCUCUUAGCUCCUGUCUGCCUGAUCCUUGUCUCCUACUGGAAUAUUAUCUCCACUGUGAUCCAGAUGCAGUCUGGAGAGGGGAGGCUCAAAGUUUUCUCUACCUGUGGCUCCCAUCUCACUGUUGUUGUCCUCUUCUAUGGCUCAGCAAUAUUUGCCUACAUGCAGCCAAACUGCAAGACCAUGAGCCACCCAGGCGCCCUGAUAUCUGUGUUCUAUACAGUGGUGACUCCGAUGUUGAACCCCAUAAUUUAUAGCCUGAGAAACAAGGAUGUCAAAGGGGCUCUCUGAAAACUAGCUAGGAGAAAGGUUGGUCGCCAGUCUACGGGGUGGGCGGGGUUUGGGGAAGGGGGCGGGACUUGCAGAAGCCCCCAUCAAGUCCGCGGCCUGGGGCCGCAGGUGCUGCUGGGGGCUCUUUCCAGGGGUGGUGCGCAUGCGUGCGCCGGGGGCGCGCGUCGGCUUUUCCGAGACACAGAUCUGGCGGCGGCGUUUAAGCACCUGGUGUGGUCACGGCUUCUUAGCUGUGGCGUGACUACCCACGCCGGCUGCCUCCGCCCGCGAGGCCGGCGGCCCCCGCGGCUGCUGGCGGAUCUGGCGCCUGGGUGUGACCGCACGGAGCCCCCGCUGGGAGCGGUGCCCGCAGGUAUCACUGGGUCAGCGGGCGGUGAGGACGCGGGUGUGCGGAAUUGGGAAUCCCGCUUGAGCGUGUCGGCUGGUUCGCAGUGA